GCGGGUCGCCUAGCGUUUCCCACUGGUUUUGUCGCUUUCAGGAUUCUCGAGCCCCUUCCGGACUGUCACCAUGGAGUUGUCACCGCUGCAGCCUGUAAAUGAAAAUAUGCUAAUGAACAAAAAGAAGAAUGAAGAUGGCAAGAAAAGAUUGUCUAUUGAAAGAAUCUAUCAGAAAAAAACACAACUGGAACAUAUCCUACUCCGCCCAGAUACCUACAUUGGCUCUGUGGAGUUAGUGACCCAGCAAAUGUGGGUUUACGAUGAAGAUGUUGGCAUUAACUACAGGGAAGUCACUUUUAUUCCUGGUUUGUAUAAAAUCUUUGAUGAGAUUCUAGUUAAUGCUGCUGAUAACAAACAAAGGGACCCAAAAAUGUCUUGUAUUAAAGUCACAAUUGAUCCAGAAAAUAAUGUAAUUAGCAUCUGGAAUAAUGGGAAAGGAAUCCCUGUUGUUGAACACAAAGUUGAGAAAAUAUAUGUCCCGGCUCUCAUAUUUGGACAACUCCUGACCUCCAGUAACUAUGACGACGAUGAGAAGAAAGUGACAGGUGGUCGAAAUGGCUAUGGAGCUAAACUGUGUAACAUAUUCAGCACCAAAUUUACUGUGGAAACAGCCAGUAGAGAGUACAAGAAAAUGUUCAAACAGACAUGGAUGGAUAACAUGGGGAGAGCUGGUGACAUGGAACUCAAGCCCUUUAGAGAAGAUUACACAUGCAUCACCUUCCAGCCUGACUUAUCUAAGUUUAAAAUGCAAAGCCUGGACAAAGAUAUUGUUGCACUGAUGGUCAGAAGAGCAUAUGAUAUCGCUGGCUCCACUAAAGAUGUCAAAGUCUUUCUUAAUGGAAAUAGUCUGCCAGUGAAAGGGUUCCGCAGUUACGUGGAUUUGUAUUUGAAGGAUAAGGUAGAUGAAACUGGGAACGCACUGAAGGUGAUCCAUGAGCAGGUCAAUCCCCGGUGGGAAGUGUGCUUGACAAUGAGCGAGAGAGGCUUCCAGCAGAUUAGCUUCGUCAACAGCAUUGCGACUUCUAAGGGCGGCAGACAUGUUGAUUACGUAGCUGAUCAGAUUGUGAGCAAACUCGUUGAUGUGGUGAAAAAGAAGAACAAGGGCGGGGUUGCAGUGAAGGCUCAUCAGGUGAAAAAUCACAUGUGGAUUUUUGUAAAUGCCUUAAUCGAAAACCCAACCUUUGACUCUCAAACAAAAGAAAACAUGACUUUACAAGCCAAGAGCUUUGGAUCAACAUGUCAAUUAAGUGAGAAGUUCAUCAAAGCUGCAAUUGGUUGUGGUAUUGUCGAAAGCAUACUAAACUGGGUGAAGUUUAAGGCUCAAAUCCAACUGAACAAGAAGUGUUCAGCUGUAAAACAUACCAAAAUCAAGGGAAUCCCCAAACUUGAUGAUGCCAAUGAUGCAGGGAGCCGAAACUCUACUGAAUGCACACUUAUCCUGACUGAGGGAGACUCAGCAAAAACUCUGGCCGUUUCAGGCCUUGGAGUGGUUGGAAGAGACAAAUAUGGGGUGUUCCCUCUUAGAGGAAAGAUACUCAAUGUGCGAGAAGCCUCUCAUAAACAGAUCAUGGAAAAUGCUGAAAUUAACAAUAUCAUCAAGAUUGUGGGUCUUCAGUACAAGAAAAACUAUGAAGAUGAAGAUUCACUGAAAACGCUUCGUUACGGGAAGAUCAUGAUUAUGACAGAUCAGGACCAAGAUGGUUCUCACAUCAAAGGCUUGCUGAUCAAUUUUAUCCAUCACAAUUGGCCAUCUCUUCUGCGACAUCGUUUUCUAGAAGAAUUUAUCACUCCCAUUGUAAAGGUGUCCAAAAAUAAGCAAGAAAUAGCAUUCUAUAGUCUUCCCGAGUUUGAAGAAUGGAAAAGUUCAACGCCAAAUCACAAAAAAUGGAAAGUCAAAUACUACAAAGGUUUGGGCACCAGCACAUCAAAGGAAGCUAAGGAAUAUUUUGCAGAUAUGAAGCGACAUCGUAUUCAAUUCAAAUACUCUGGCCCUGAAGAUGAUGCUGCGAUCAGCCUGGCCUUUAGUAAAAAACAAGUUGAUGAUCGAAAGGAAUGGUUAACUAAUUUUAUGGAAGACAGAAGACAGCGGAAGUUACUUGGCCUUCCUGAGGAUUAUUUGUAUGGACAAAGCACUUCGUACCUGACCUAUAAUGACUUCAUAAACAAGGAACUCAUCCUCUUCUCCAACUCUGAUAACGAAAGGUCUAUCCCAUCCAUGGUAGACGGUUUGAAACCAGGUCAGAGAAAGGUUUUGUUUACUUGUUUCAAACGGAAUGACAAGCGAGAAGUGAAGGUUGCCCAGUUAGCUGGGUCAGUGGCCGAAAUGUCCUCUUAUCACCAUGGUGAGAUGUCACUGAUGAUGACCAUUAUCAAUUUGGCUCAGAAUUUUGUGGGCAGCAAUAAUUUGAACCUUUUACAGCCCAUCGGUCAGUUUGGAACCAGGCUGCAUGGUGGCAAGGACUCAGCUAGUCCUAGGUACAUCUUUACAAUGCUAAGCCCUUUGGCUCGGUUGUUGUUUCCUCCAAAAGAUGAUCACACAUUACGGUUUCUAUAUGAUGACAACCAACGUGUUGAGCCUGAAUGGUACAUUCCUAUAAUACCCAUGGUGCUGAUAAAUGGUGCUGAGGGAAUUGGUACUGGGUGGUCCUGCAAAAUCCCCAACUUUGAUGUGCGUGAAGUUGUGAAUAAUAUCAGACGGCUUCUGGAUGGAGAGGAGCCCCUGCCCUCUGAGUCAGAUAUGAGCAGUAAUGAAAGUAAUUUUGAUGUCCCUCCUCGAGAAAAAGAGCAAAGAAGUGCUGCAGCAAAAGCCAAAUUCACAGUGGAUUUAGACUCCCAUGAAGAUUUCUCAGGUGCGGAUGAAAAGGAUGAGGAUGAAGAUUUCUUCCCAUUAGAUGCUACUCCACCUAAGACCAAAAUCCUCCCCAAAAAUACUAAAAAAGCACUGAAGGCCCAGAAAAGCUCCAUGUUUGCUGAUCUUGAAAGAGAUGUUAAGGACAGUGUGCCAGCUUCUCCAGGCGUUCCUGCUGCUUCUGCUACUGACUUCCCAGCGGAAACUGAACAGUCAAAGCCAUCCUCCAAAAAGACCGUGGGAGUGAAGAGGACAGCAACCAAAAGCCAGUCUUCAGUCUCCACUGCUGGUACCAAAAAGAGAGCUGCGCCAAAGGGAACCAAAUCAGAUUCAGCCUUGAAUGCUCGUGUCUCUGAAAAACCUGCUCCUGCCAAAGCCAAGAACAGUCGCAAAAGGAAGCCAUCUUCUUCUGAUAGCUCUGACUCUGAUUUUGAGAAGACAAUUUCUAAAGGUGCCACGAGCAAGAAACCAAAGGGAGAGGAAGAGGAUUUCCCUGUGGACUUAGAAGACACUAUAGCUCCUCGAGCCAAAUCUGAACGAGCNAGGAAGCCAAUUAAGUACUUGGAGGAGUCGGAUGAUGACGACGACGACCUCUUCUGAGACGGAAGAGAUUGGUUUAGGGAUCGUUUUCCUGAGCCAGUUUUCUAGGUAGAAUUCGGUCAUACAGAACUGGUGAGUUCUAGUACAGAUACAGUGCUCAACCUAUGACGGGAUGCAUUUUGUUUAAGCCAUGAGAAGUUGCUCAUACCUUUUGAACAUCAUUGAAGGCUGGAGNAAGUCAUCUGGACUGUGUCUUUAUGACUCAGCACAAGCAGCAAGGUGAGGAAAGUUAGGCCAGUUACGUGGAGUACUGACUACUCGGGGAUGCCUUCCCAACACGAGAUCCCUGGGAGGAGGCAGGACUGCUCACGGUUACAUCUCCACGAUCAACCAGGAAGUGGGAUCCAUUGCAGAUCUCCAUAAUUCCAACUUGUGACUGCCAAGACCUUCUGUGCUGUUGUCUCUUAUUUAAGUGCUGUUAUCAAUGUCUUUUGUAAAUAUUUAAUAUGUCUGUCUGUUCAGCUAAUUCCAACUAUUUUGUACUUUAAUAAAUCUUCU